CCGCCAGUGCUGGAAGGCCACGGCCUGUUUGAUCAUCGCCAAGAUAUCCGCCUCAGUUUUGUUGCAGGAGUGGUUCAUCCCUGGAAGGUCCCCUCAUUCGAACGCUUGCUGUGGCGGGCGUGUCGCGGUUACAUCAUCGUGGAUUUUAGAGAAAUGGGGGACCGUCUGGAGCACCCGGACACGGGAGAAAUGGUGCAAUGGACCGUCUUCCUCAUCUCCUUCUGGGGAGAUCAGAUCGGACAGAAAGUGAAGAAGAUCUGCGAUUGCUUCCAUACGCAGACGUUUCCGUACCCUGAGAGCACCGCUGAGCGGGAGGAAAUUCUGCAGGGGCUUCAAGGCCGGAUUGAAGACAUCAAAUCAGUGUUGUCUCAGACCGAGGCCUUUCUGCAGCAGCUGCUGCUGCGAGCGGUGGCCAUCCUGCCUCAGUGGAAGGUCCGGGUCCAGAAGUGCAAGGCCAUCCAGCUGGUGCUGAACCUCUGCAGCCCCUCCGUCACUGACAAGUGCCUGAUUGCCGAGGCCUGGUGUCCCACCAACAAGCUGCCCGAGCUGCAGAGCGCCCUCAGAGAAGGAGGGAGGAAGAGUGGCAGUGGGGUGGACUCCUUCUACAACCGCCUGCCCUCCUCCACCCCUCCUCCCACCCUGUUUCCCAUCAACUCCUUCACAGCUGGUUUCCAGAACAUCGUUGAUGCUUACGGUGUGGCCAGCUACCGGGAGGUUAAUCCAGCGGUGUACACCAUCAUUACAUUCCCCUUCCUGUUUGCUGUGAUGUUUGGGGACGUGGGUCACGGUUUGCUGAUGUCUUUGGCCGCCCUGUGGAUGGUGCUUGAGGAAAAAGACCCCAAGCUCAAAAAUAAUACCAAUGAGAUCUGGAGGAUGAUGUUUGGAGGUCGUUAUCUGAUUCUGCUGAUGGGCCUCUUCUCCAUCUACACGGGAGCCGUCUACAACGAGUGUUUCAGCCGAGGCAUCAAAACCUUCAGCUCAGGGUGGCACGUCGGCCCCAUGUUUGAAAAGAACAUCUGGAACUCAUCGGUCCUAGAGGGGAACCAGUUCUUGUCCAUGGAUCCUAAUGUGACCGGGGUUUUUACCAGCCCCUAUCCAUUUGGGAUUGACCCGGUCUGGGGCAUGGCCAACAACAAACUGACCUUCCUGAACUCCUACAAGAUGAAGAUGUCGGUCAUCAUCGGCGUCAUUCACAUGACCUUUGGCGUCUGCUUAUCCUUCUUUAACUACCUGCACUUUGGCAAGAUCAGCAGCAUAUUCUUUGUGCUGAUCCCAGAGCUGUUCUUCAUGCUGUGCCUCUUUGGGUACCUUGUCUUCAUGGUGGUCUUCAAAUGGAUCGCCUACACUCCUGCUCAGUCCAGAAUCGCUCCCAGCAUACUUAUCCACUUCAUAGACAUGUUCCUGUUCACAGACAACCCAGAGAACCCCCAGCUGUUCACGGGUCAGCUUGUUGUCCAGAAGAUCCUGGUUGUGCUGGCCCUGUGUUCAGUCCCUGUCCUCCUGCUGGGGAAACCCCUUUGCGAAUAUGUCGCCUUCAAAUCAAGACGGCGGCGACAAAUAGACGAGGAAAGGCGGCCGUUGGUGCCCGACGAAGGCUCGGUCAACACCCGUCAGGGGGAGGUGGAGGGCGGAGGUGCAGCUGAGGAGGAGGAGUUCGAUGCUGCAGAUGUGUUCAUGCAUCAGGCCAUCCACACCAUCGAGUACUGCUUGGGCUGCAUCUCCAACACGGCCUCCUACCUGCGGCUCUGGGCUCUGAGUUUAGCUCAUGCACGUUAGUGGACACACACACAAUAGACUUCCCUAUUUUAAACCAAACCAGCUCAGUCUGUUAUUCAUCUGGCUGCAUGUUUUCCCAG